AAACGAAGAGACAAAGAGACAUAUAACCGCUCUCCUAGAUUCUUCCUCGCCCAAUCAAAGAUUUGCGAUUUUGAUACAUAGGUACUGGAUAGUUGGUUGCCGUGUACAUACCAACUAACGUGGGGAUCUCUUCGACAGCUCGGUCUCCAGCGCCCAGCAUGGGGGCCUCAGCGAUCAAGGAGCAGCGCGACAUUAUUCUGGAGAAGAUCAAGCAGAUAACUCGAGGAGACUGGAAGGUGCUGGUCAUUGAUGAAGGGGCCAAGAAGAUUAUAGACAAUGUCCUUAAGGAAGAUGAUAUCCUCAACGAAAACAUCGCGAACAUCGAAAGGAUCGAGGAGAGGAGGGGGCCGAAUCCCGAUAUGGAUGCCAUAUACAUACUAUCCCCAGAGCCACAUAUUGUCGACUGCCUCAUGGCUGAUUUUGAGCGUCGGAGAUACCGAAAGUCAUACUUAGUAUGGCUUGCCCUCCUUCACCCCCAGAUGCGCCGGCGCAUCGACUCUUCGGCAAAUGCGAGAGAACAACUGGCAGGAUUCGAGACAUUAUCAGUAGACUUUUUCCCCCGGGAAUCACAGUUAAUUACAUUCAGAGAUCCGUAUAGUUUUCCCAUAUUAUACCAUCCAGCUUGUAAUGAGCUUGUUCGGGAUCAUAUGCAACUCUUGGCACAGAAGAUUACCGGAAUUUGCGUCUCACUGGGCGAAUACCCAAAGAUCCGAUACUACAGGCCACGAAAUCCGAUACACGAAGCCAGCGUUCUCUGUUCGCAUCUUGCGCGAUUUGUACAAGAUGAGUUGGAUGCAUACGCGAAAUACCACACGAACUUCCCACCUCAAACUGCCCGGCCACCGGGAGUUCUCCUAAUCACAGAUAGGUCAAUGGACCUCAUCGCGCCACUGAUCCAUGAAUUCACAUAUCAAGCCAUGGCACAUGACCUCUUGCCCAUCAAGGAAGGGGAUAAAGUGCUCUACAGAACUGUCGUGCGUGAAGGGAGCUCAGACGCGGUGGAGAAAGACAUGGAGAUAGGCGAGAAGGAUAAGAUCUGGGUCGAUAAUAGACACAGACAUAUGAAGGAUACAAUUGAGAAGCUGAUGGGAGAUUUCCAAAAAUUUAUCGACGAAAACCCGCAUUUCACGAACAGCGAUGGAGAUGCUACCAGUCUUAAUGCUAUCAAGGAUAUGCUGGCAGGGUUACCACAAUUCCAAGAAUUGAAGGAUGCAUAUUCAUUGCACUUGACUAUGGCUCAAGAUUGCAUGAACAUAUUCCAGCAGCACAAGCUACCUGAUAUUGCAUCAGUGGAGCAAACACUCGCGACUGGACUAGACGAGGACUUCCGAAAACCAAAGAAUAUUGCAGACCAAAUUGUCCGGCUGCUAGAUGACGAGAGUAUUGUCCCAACGGAUCGGUUGAGACUCAUACUGCUCUACGUAAUAUAUCGCGACGGACUGAUACCCGAAGAUAUCCAGCGGCUCCUAUCGCACUCCUCUCUCCCACCCAAUGACUUUGAGUCGGUCGCCAACAUGGAACUCCUUGGAGCACGUGUAUCAAAAGCCCUCAAAGACAUCAAACCUGCACCUCCACCUUUGUUUCCUCGCAAGACCGUCCCGACAGCGGAAGAAGAGGAGUAUGCUUUAUCACGCUACGAACCGGCGCUCAAGCUCAUGCUAGAAGAAUGCGUCAAAGGAACACUAGAUCAAGGGAUCUUUCCUUAUACCAAACCGCCUCUGGAUAACUCUGACGAAAUGGCUGCGCAGGCGCAAACCUCACUUCGAAGUGCUAAGCCAACUUGGGCGCGAAGCCGGACUGAACGGAACGAGAUCCGGCAGAGAAUUAUUGUGUUUGUGGCCGGUGGAGCUACGUACUCGGAAUCUCGGGCUUGCUACGAAGUCUCCAGAUCGAGUGGGCGGGACAUUUUUCUUGCCACAAGCCACAUGCUUACCCCCUCCUUAUUUGUCAAGCAAGUAGGAGAUCUGAGCCAAGAUCGACGGAAGCUAGGUUUACCUGUAGAUCGACCAAAACCCAAAGCCCCAGCUCACUUAUUCGAGCGGGAGGAGCCCAAACCAGCUGGAGUUGCCACCGGCGGCCCCGUAUCAAGACACGCAGUGGGAUUACCCGGAGGGCGGGUGCCGAGUAGUGCAGCUGCGCCGCCACCCCAACAUCAUGCUCCAGGGACGACAUACGAUGCCAGGCUCGUUCCGACUGCGGGGCUGGCUGCCAUGAGCAUCAAUUCCGCCGGUUCGAAGCCGUUGAAUGGCGAGAAGUUAGAGAAGAAAGGUAAGUCAUCAAAAGACGAAACGGGGGAGAAGAAGAAGAAGAAGGGGUUUUUUGGGAAGAAGUUGUGAGCCGAGGGCGAGAGGUCCUAAUGAAGGAGGCUUUUUGGCGUGGCGUUGGAGGACAUAGCUGCUGGCAGGCGACAACAACAUAUUGACGAUGAUGAGAGAUGGGAUGGAUGAGUAUGGAUGUAAUAAUAGCAGGACGUAGCGUUCCUAUGUUGAUAGCGAUGGAUUGACAUCUACAACUAGACAUGGAGAAGUUGCCUGGA